AUGUAACAAUGGUGAUGGUUGCUUCAUGGGAUGAAUAUAAUGCUGACAGAGUUAGUUCUCUGGCCUGAAACUGAAGACGUGUGGUUGUGACAAGGGUAUGUGGGGAGGGCUGUGUGUUUGUGUGUAUUGGGUGGGACGUGUGGUCUUAUAACAGGAUCCUGCUGCUUCAUUCCUGCCGUGAGCUUUAGACUCUUCUGGACCCCGAGACAGACAGCACCUCUGGAACGACACACACAGAAGUCAGGAUGAAGUUGCUGGUUCAGCUUAGUAUUCUCUUCCUCUGUCUCAUCGCCUGUAAGCUCACUGAUGCCAGAGCCUUCACCCCUGAAGGAGUUCCAUAUGAUGAGCCCCCGGCAGUCCCCUACUGGCCCUACACCACCUCAGACUUCUGGCACUACGUAGAGUACUUCAGGUCUAUUGGAGCCUACAACCACAUCAAUGAAAUGGCCCGGGCCUUCUAUGCUCACCAACACCUGGGAGACACACUGGGAUAUGAGACCAACGAGGGACACGAACACUGAGGAGAGAGAGGAGAGAGAGGAGAGAGAGGAGAGAGAGAGAGGGGGAGGGUAGAGGGAGAAUGAGAUAGAGAAGGUGAGGAGAGGGGCAGGAAGGGAGAAAAGAGGGGGAGAGUAUAAGGAGAGGGGGAGGGAGGAAAAGAGGGCAACAUAAGGAUAAGUCAUAUUGUCAAUUGAAAUGCAUUUCAAAAAUAUGAGGUUAUAUAAAUAUGUAUUUGGACCUAUCAUUAAAUAUAUUAAUGCAUCUCACACACAUGAGAAAAAACAUAUUAAUUCCAAACACUGCUAUAAUCUAAAACGUUAUAUCAAUGUAAUGUGCAAUAAUAAUACAUUUUGACAAGAAA